CACCGACGGCAGCACCGGGCAUUCACACACGGACUCCUGGCAGGCUGAGAGCACCGCAGACCCUCCUCAUCCAGUAGGGGAUGGCAGUGAAUGUGUACGCCACAUCUGUGUCCAUUGACAACCUCAGCCGACAUGACAUGCUGGCGUGGGUCAACGAUUCUUUGCAUCUCACUUACACCAAGAUUGAACAGCUUUGUUCAGGAGCUGCAUAUUGCCAGUUCAUGGACAUGUUGUUUCCAGGUUGCAUCCUUCUGAAGAAGGUUAAAUUUCAAGCCAAGUUGGAGCAUGAAUUUAUACACAACUUCAAAGUUCUUCAGGCAGCUUUUAAACGGAUGAGUGUUGACAAAAUAAUUCCUGUAGAAAAGCUCGUUAAAGGGAAGUUCCAGGACAACUUUGAAUUUGUACAGUGGUUCAAGAAGUUCUUCGAUGCCAACUACGACGGGAAGGAGUACGACCCUCUAAUAGCCAGACAGGGGCAGGAUGUUGCCCCUCCCCCCAACCCAGGACCACAGAGGACAUCUCCAACAGUUCCCAAAAACAUGCCAACACCGCAGCGAGUCCAACACAACACUCCAGCCUUGAGGAAGAACCCGUCUUUGUCUAGAAACGGAGGCAGUGAUGCUGAGAUCAUGGAGCUAAAUCAACAGUUGAUGGAGUUGAAGCUGACCGUAGACGGACUAGAGAAGGAGAGAGACUUCUACUUUAGCAAACUACGGGACAUUGAGCUGAUCUGCCAGGAACAUGAAAGUGAAAACAACCCCAUCCUCAGCAGGAUAAUUGACAUUCUUUACGCAACAGAGGAGGGUUUUGCACCUCCAGAGGACGACGACCUUGAUGAACAAGCUCACCUGGACCAGGAUGAAUACUGAACCUUUCAUCUCCCUCCUUCUCCUCCUCUUCUGUGACAUCUGUUUUUUUUUCUCCUUCUGGCCUCAUUUGUUUUCUACUCUCUGCACGCUCUCUACAAAUACCCAUCAUUACCCCUGCUCUCUGAAGGUCUUUUCUUUGUCAGACAUCUAUCUCUCUGCUCCCUCCCCCCAUUCCCCCUCCGGCCGUCCUCGUACCGUUCACAAUUACUCCGUUCUGUCGUUGGUUUCUCCUCCUGGCCUCCACUGACACAGUAACAACAGUAAUGUACGACAUAUCCCACUUAUUUCAGCAUGAGUAACACAGAAAAUUGAGCCGAGCCCGUCAUGGAGGUAGAACAUAAGUCUGUAAAUACUACUGAUAUUAUGAUUUCUGAGAGAACAAUGUCUUUGCUCUUUAAGGAGUUAUUUAUUUGCCUUUGGUGCACUGUUCUAUACUUCCAUUAGACCACAGACCACCGCUGCUCCAAUGUGCCAUUCGGACACUCCCAGAGCUACUAAAAACUGUAACUGAAGUGACUUUUUAAUAACAAUUUCUUAUUUAUUUAAUUUAUAUUUCAUUUAGAUGACCUUUCUGUAGCAGAAUCGGUGCAAAAACCUACUGUAUGUUAAUACUAACAAACCGAUGCCCUGUGUUAUUUCAGUUAAGGUUUGUGCUCGAGGCAUUUUGGUUUUUGUACCAGUGGGUCCAUGGCAUGUAGAAACUCUGAAGGACAGACUUGGCUGUAAUAAUGACUGGAGGCAUACGAUCAGUGCUCAGCGAUUAUUCAUUAUAGAUCCGCAACAUGUCUGAGCACAAGAAUGUUAGCACACUGACCGUGAAUGAGUGAUAUUUGCUAAAUGUACUUUGCGUGGAGAUUUUUGUGUGACGUCACACGAUCUCAGUUAAUUGCCGUUGUAUCUUUUAUGCCGACAUGCAGUAGUAGCCCACGACUUAAAGAGUUAGAGGUGGGCCGCCUCCUCCGCACUGACAACGUGGUUUUACAUUGUAG